GUGGUUGGUGGCUUUUGCGCUAACUGAGGAGUUUACGCCGGGCGGGCACGUGCGCCCAGCGGAACUGAGGGGUCGAACGCCGGGAUGGAGAAGUGCCGUUAGCUCGGGGUGAGCCUGGCCACGCCCACAGAAGGUGUCUCCCUGCUGCCCUGGGAGGGUCCUCCCGCUGGGGCCGUCCCGAGCCCGCUAUUGCAGGCGCGCGCAUCAGCACGGCCUCGCCCGCAAAGAGGAAUGGAAUUUUCUUGGCCCAAAGGAGAAUGAAAAGUGGUUUUAUGAGACCAAAAGAAGUACUAAGGAUUUUGGAGAGAUCACAUUGUAACAAUAAAGAGUUGCUGGCAACUGAAGAUUCGUUUCAUGUUUCUUAAAUCUUGGUUGUCGUUGGAAAUUUAAUUGUGCCCCUAAUUCAGCAUGGAAUCUGGCACUUCCCCCAAGAGCAACGUAAUAAAUUGGGGAAUUCAGUUCUAGGACAGCAAGUUCAUAAUGUUCUAUUCUAGCCUCAAUUUAGUGCAAUUAAUGUUCUAAUUGUUUUUUGAAGCAUAACAUACAUGCAUUCAACUACUUCAAAGAAUGGAAGAAGAAAAAACUGUUUAUACUGUGCCUGUCACAUCUGAAUGUCUGGAUGUAGAGACCCUUAGCAAUGUCAGUGGCGAGAGAGGUGAAGGUGAUGCACAGAUGUUUUGGAGGCAAAUGGAAGAUGAAAGAGUGGACUUCAUAUUUGAGCGAGUGCAAAACGUAUUGCUGUCUCUGAAACAAAAGAUCAAGGAUGGAACUGCAACAAAUGAAGAAUGCUUCCAAGCUUUGAUACUGGUGGAUAGAGCUGAUGGAAGCAAUCUCUUAGCAUUGACAAAUGUAAACGAUGUGACUUCUGAAGAUGGGAUGCAGAAAAGCAAACCUAGGUUACAGCCUUCUAUAUCAAAUGAAAAUACAACAGGUUCUCCUUUAAUGGAGGCAAAAGAAAAAUCACACUUGGGGAAUGAAGACGUAUGUAGUGAAACAAGGGAGUUACCUUUAAAGCUAUGUUACCAGAAUCAUGACUGCUCUAAUGUAUGUCUUGCCAACAGACCACUGAACUCAUACAAGGGGGAAAACCCUCUUAAAAUACCAAUCCUGUGUCAUUUCCAGAGACGACAUGCAAAAGCAGACUCACUUUCAAAGUCACUUGAUGUGAAUUAUAAGGCCCCCUGUGGGAGGAGUCUGAGAAACUUUCAAGAUGUGCAGAGUUACCUGUUUGAAACAGAGUGCAACUUCUUAUUUGUCGAUCACUUUUCUUUCAACACAUACGUACAGCUGGGCAGAAACACUCUGAACCGAGAAGCACUUGUAUUUGAUUUUGAUAUCAGCAAUGGAGCUGAGUCUGUGCCCAUUUCCUUCUGUAAUGAAGUUGACAGUGCAAGAUUACCUUAUUUUAAAUAUAGGAAGGCCUCGUGGCCACGUGGGUACUAUCUGAACAACUUCUCCAGCAUGUUUCUUGACUCAUGUGACUGUACAGAUGGCUGCACAGAUAGGUCAAAAUGUGCAUGCCUACAGCUGACUGCAAAAGGCUGCAGUGAAAAUUCUGCCUCACCAAGUAACAGAGCAUCUUGUGGUUACAGGUAUAAAAGACUGGAUGGACCUGUCCCCAGUGGAAUUUACGAAUGCAACUUAUCGUGCAAGUGUGACAGAAUGAGGUGUCAGAACAGAGUAGCACAGCAUGGCAUCCAAGUUCGGUUGCAGGUGUUCAACACAGACCGGAAGGGCUGGGGCGUCCGCUGUCUAGACGAUAUUGACAAAGGAACCUUUGUUUGCACUUAUUCAGGCAGGUUAAUGAGCAGAGCCAAGCCUCAGGAAACGAGAGAUGUCAAUUGUGAGGCUGAAAAGAAGGAUGCUGUGAAUGACACAAGUCCCAGCUCACUUUCAGUAAAGAGAAAACUGGACACUGCUUGUUCAGAUUCUGAGAUAGAACUUGUCCAGACAGGUAAAGACAGCAUUAGCAGGAGCAGUGAAACUUCAUCUCAGCCUGCGGAGGAUGAAUAUAAACCAGUUGUGGUUCAGAACUAUGGAUAUAAUCCAAGGAAUCUGAGAAGCCCAGCCAUUAGGCCUAAAACCAGAACUGCUAUUCUUCAGACUCGUCGGCUAAAACUGGGAGUUGCUACACUGGUGCACGAUGCCAGCUCAGAUGAAGAUGAUAGUUCUCAGCCCCAGCAGUCAACCAAAACAAAACUAACCACUGGAACCAAGAAAGGAAAGGAAAAACCCAACCUGCAGCAAAAGCUAGGAGAACAUGAGGAGGCCAUGCAGUCUGAGCCAAGCACCACAGAUACUGCAAAAUCUAAAGAAAAAAGGCCAUCCCCAGAAGAUGCUAGAGGUGGUAAAUCAGCCAGGCUAGAUGAUGCACAUGUUAUGAAACAGUCCAUGGGCCUACUCCAAAGAGAUGACUUCAAAGAGGAAAAAAAUAGGAGGUCCAAACAAGAUCCUCUUUGUAAUGAGGAGGCAGAAGGUGAUGAGACACCUCUGAAGAAUUCUAAUAAAGACAAUAUUUAUUUAUUGGAUGCCACAAAAGAAGGAAAUGUGGGCCGAUUUGUUAAUAUGUAUACACUUACAAAGAACAGAGGCCCUACUUACAGAUUGGGGGACUCUAUCCAGGGAAACAGCGCCUCUGAAAAAGAAUUGGAGGUUGUGGUGGAUAAUCAGCUGAACAUGAAUGGCCUUAAAAAAUUAUUGCAGCUGCCAGAUAAGAAAAAUGAGAUAAUGUGUCUCUCUCCAGGUGACUUCCAGAUAAUGGAGAAGAUGGUGAAAAGGAAGUGUGCAUUUUGUCCAGCAGAUGAAGAGUGUGCUAUAAUGUACAUUGCAGAAAAGCAAAAUCUUGCAGUUCAUCAGGAUUGUUUGUUAUAUUCCUCGGGAUUUGUAGAAUCCGAAGAGCAUAACCCAGAGAAUCAGGAUACAAGGUUUGAUGUGGCCUCAGUUCAGAGUGAAAUCAGGAGAGGAAAGCGGCUGAUGUGCAACUUCUGUCGCAAGAAAGGAGCCACUGUGGGAUGUGAGAUAAAAACCUGCCGGAGGAGUUAUCACUACUUUUGUGCACUGUGUGAUGAUGCAGCGUUAGAAACUGAUGGAGGGCAAGGAAUUUACCGAGUGUUCUGUCCAAAACAUGACCCAGGCAAAAGGAGCAAUCAUUAUGAUGCAGACAAUAAGAGGAACAGGCAUGGAAUGAAAUCUUCCACCUUCAUGGAAAAAAGGAGCACAGAAGAGACAGCAGCAGAAAAUAGUUUACGACUUUUAAGGAAAAAACAUAACAAACACAAAGCAAGAAUAGACUUUCUUAGGAAGUGCAAGCAGGCUGGACUUCUGGAUGGCAUAUUUAAAGAAAUGCUAGACACACUUCACCUUGCAAAGGAAAAACUGAUGGAUGACAACACUUCAGAAACAGAAUACGAGGAAACAGUAAUAUCACUUUUUGACUGUAGCCUGUUUGAAAAUAUACUUACAAAUGUUCAUUCAGGAACAGAGGAAAAACUUCAGGAGCUUCUGGAAACCCGGAAAAGACUGGAUACUCAGAUUGAGCUACUGCAAGAUUUAAAAGAAGUAAUUCCUUUCCAGGAAAAUAUAGCUAGUGCAUCUAGUUCAGUGUCUGAAUAACCAAUACUUCUCUUGAUAUCAACUUCCAUAUUAAAGAUUUUCUACUGACAGAAACGGCAUCUGGUCAGUGUAUAAAAGUGACUUUCAGAGAUAGGGGUGCACAGAAAAACAAUUGGGUGUUUUACUCAUAUUUUAUACCUCACUUUUGCAAUAACUUUAUUUGUCCUUUUCCUUUUUAAUUUUUACUGUGUCUCAAGGAGUGAUAAACACUUAAAUUUAAAUACCUUCCGUACAAGCUUUUUUUAAAUACUCCACAAGCCACUUUUUAAAAUCACUUCAGUUGCGGCAGCCCCCUAUCAUGUGAUGUCUGUGAUUCAAUGUCUGCUCAUCAUAGCAGACAAAAUCAUUAUUAAAAAUUGUUAAGGCUUUCCAAAGAGGAAUUUAACAAGACUUGCACUUGAAGAAGCAGAAGGUUUUUUUUUAAAUGAAAUUUUCUCAAUUUACGGUGUGUUAAUGUUUAAGUAGUUCUGUUUUAACUGCAAUGGUGAGAGGUGGUGUCCAUUAGUUGCUUGCAAACACCUGAGGCUGGCUGGUGCUCAUCCUCUGAAAAAUCAUUCUAUGUAAAAUAGUUAGGGAGUCAAAUACUGCAGUAAGAACAUUUAUGGCUUCCAUGUGUUAUUUUGUCUUAUUAUAUUAAAAUUGUUUGAAUACAGAAAAGCAGUACAUUUAGUUA